AUGUCAUUAGUAAGCAAUCAGCGUGUUAUGGUAGCGGUUCGUGUUCGGCCUACCCUUUCCAAGGGCUCUAGCCUGCAGGUGCAGGAGAAAUUCGAGUUUCAGGCCGUUUAUCAAACCAGCGACACCACCCUGAGGGUUGAACUUAGUAGGCCUGGCGACAUUACCAAGAGUAGCACCUUCACCUUUGACUACAUCUUUGAUCAGGAGAGUACGCAACUGGAGGUGUAUGAGGAAGCUGUUGUCGGCAUGGUCGAAGGGGCGCUCGUUGGCUUUAACGCCACCGUGCUCGCGUACGGCCAAACCGGCGCCGGCAAGACCUUCACCGUCCUGGGAGAUGUCAAGCCUAACCCCUUAGAAAAUGAUCUUCUCACGAAGGAUAGCGGCCUCUUUCUGCGCGUCCUGAGCGACCUCCUCGAGUUCAAGGUUCGCCAGGCGAAGAAGGGCUGGCACGUCGUGGUGGGGCUCAGCUGUAUUGAGGUUUAUUGCAACAGCAUUCGGGAUUUGUUUGGCGGCAAAGCUGGUCAGGAGGCACCCGAACUAAAGGCCAAGAUGAUUAACGAGAACGUUUUGCUGCCCAAUCUUACCGUCAAAGAGAUGACUUCGCUUCAGGCUCUUUUUAACGAAAUCCAACUCGCCAUCUCGCGUCGACAGACGCGCGUGACGGAGUCGAACUCCGCUUCGAGCCGCAGCCACUGUAUCUUUUCGAUUGAUAUCAUCCAGCAGGCGAGCUCGGCGCCACCGCCAUCGUUGGAUCAGCUGGAUCGGCUGUCGAGCCUCAACCCUGACGACGUCGCCGCGCAGCGAAAGGGAAACGCUCCGAAUGGCAGCCCCACGCAUGGCAACGGCAGCAGCCGGAGCCCCGCGAGCGAACGGGGGGUGGGGUUAAACAAGUGGGAAAUGCCCUUUAAAGGGACGGUGCUGCGCGUCCCUGGGCAGAAAGAGCCGUUGUAUUGUAGCAAGAUCGUCCUUGCUGAUCUUGCCGGUAGUGAGCGCAUCGACAAAAGCAGGGUGGUCGGGCAAGGCCAAAAGGAGGCCACCUCGAUCAACUCGAGCCUGACUGCGCUUGGCAACGUCGUGCACAGCCUAUUUGAGGGCGGCUACGCGAGUUAUCGCGACUCUAACUUGACGGUCCUUCUCAAGCCGAGCUUCUCGCAGCCGGCGUCGCGUGUGCUGCUGCUCGCUCAGUGCUCGCCCACGCAGCUCACCUUCGAGGAGACUGUUAGCACGCUGCGUUUUGCGAACAAGGUUAAGGCGCUCAAAGUGGUCACCUCGACCGGCGUCGAGGUGGAGAAGCUGCAGCUUGAAUAUAUCGAGCAGAACAAGAACUACGACGCCAUCUGCGCUGAUCUCCACAUCUUCACGACAGAUCAGCUCGCCAAGGCGCCACUGAUUCGACGAAGGUGUCCACAAAACUGCGGUUUGUACUACGACGUGCCAGUUGGUGGAUCGAACGGCAAGGCUAAGUUGAACGGCAAAGAUCGGUACACAGUUCUUGAGAGUAUAGGUGCGAUUGCUGCGGCUCAGGAGGAGCGUGCCGCUUUGUUAGACAAGCAGGAGCGUGAAAAGCGAACAAGGGAUGUCCAGAUGCGGAAAGCCAUUACUGAGGAGCGAGAUAACCUCGUGGAAGAGGCUAAGGCUGCAAUUAUCGAGGCCCAAGCAUCCAUCAAGCAAGAAGUUAAUCUGUGCAAAUCAUAUUUAGUGGAGCGGAUGUACUUCGAGUCUUCUGAACGGGCAAGACAAAUAAUGGAUCAGGCGGACACUGAGUGGGCUGCCCUUGUGUCUAAUUUCAAGGAGAAGUAUUCUGUGCUUCUAAAAAAUAAGCUUGCCCAGAUCUCAGAUCUUUUUGCGAACGUUUCUCGUGACUUAGACUCGAUGAAGCCUUCCACAGUGUUAACCAAGGAUUCAAGGCUUAUUGAAGACGACAUGCGGUACUCGUUGUCAGUAUGGGCGCAUUGCAUCGGUAAGAGGACCUUUUCACGGUUCUUGGAGCUGCAAGAAUAUAAAAUGCAACUGAUAGAGUACCUUAAAGGCAAUUAUAGUCUGGAAAGAUGGCAAAAAAGCAACGUGGAUGCUGCAAAGUAG